GUCACGGAUCCACGUCACCGGUUUUCGAGGCGGCAGUGACAGCAGCAGCAGCGAUGGCGGCGCUAACGCGGCUUCGCGUGAACGCGGCCCUCAUGCGCUUCGGCGCCAUCGUUCUCACGCGCUUCCCCUUCUGGAACUGCUUCAGCAUGCUCAUGCUGUUCGCCGAGCGCGCCGACAGCAAGAGGAAGCCAGAUCUGACAGUGCCAUUGCUCUAUGUGGACCUGGGAGUGGCUGUGCUGUGUGCCAGCUUCAUGUCAUUUGGAGUGAAGCGGCGAUGGUUUGCAUUGGGGGCUGCGCUGCAGAUCGCCUUCAGUGCCUAUGCAGCCCACAUUAGUGGGCAGGUUCUCUAUGGAGAGUGGCUCAAGGUAAGGAUGUACUCUCGGACAGUGGCGUCAGUGGGAGGUUUCCUGGUGCUGGCCAGCGGUGCUGGGGAGCCUUACCGCCAAAAGGCCCGAGCCAGGUCUCUUCAGACAAUAGGCCAAGUCUUCCUUGGCAUCUACCUCAUCUGCCAGGCCUACUCGCUGCAGUACAGCAAGGAGGACCAGGGAGCUUACCUCGCACACAUCGCUGGUGGUGAGCUGGUGCUGCAGGCAUUCUUUCUCCUCUACGGUGUCCUGGCGCUGGCCUUCUUGUCUGGGAAAUACGUGCGCCGUGCUGCCCAGCUACUGGCCAUCCUACUUCCCAUUCUCACACUGCUCACCGACGGGAACCUGUCCUACUGGCACAGUCUGCGCAAAGUGGAAUUCUGGCUGCAGAUGCGUCUUGUCGGCCAAAAUGUAGCCAUCCUAGGUGCCAUGUUGCUGCUGGCCACGGAUGGAUAGGAGACUCCAAUCACUCCAGCUGCCUCACUCAUGUGCCGUCGUGUAAUGACAAAUAUAUAAUUUAGUUUUCUUGCUGCACAUUUACGCUCGUGGCAUUAAGUGUGCUGAAAAUACAAUAAAAGAGACAAUCAUUGCAAGCCAAAAUGUGUUCAUGUUACUGUGUUCAACAUUUUUUGUAAAAGGGAGUGUUUUGACCGUUUUGUACACAUAUGGCCUUUUGUCAAUCCACUUCUGUUUGAGUGCUUCCCACCCACACCGUAUGGGUCAUGGGAGGUUAUUUGGCCAUGCUUCACCACGCUGGUCAAUGUGGGUUGGCAAAGGGCGAGAAGCAUAGAUGAGGGCGCAUACAACUACAGUACAACAAUGCAUUUUUGGUGCAUUCCCCUCCACUGCCCAGAAUGUAGUCCCAUAAUUGACAAGUGGUAGUGGUUGUACAAGCCCAAGCAUAAAACUUGCCAUCCAAACAUAAAACAUAUAUAUAGUACACUAAUAUUGUGGGUAAUAGGCUAUCAGAGCAGCCCUGAAUAAGGUGGCACUUUUGUUUGGAUGUAAUAGUUGGAAUUGAUGUUGAGCUUAUUGGCCUAUACAUCUGCCUUCGUGUUCUCAUUAACAAUUGUGUAUAUAUUUAUUUAAUUAAAAGUUUUGCUUCACCUGGCAAAAAAUGCAUGUUCUGGAGCACAGUAAUUUCAGAGUUAACCUGCCAGUUUGAAUUGUGUUUGGGAUUUUUUUUGUUUACUCGUGUUUACAGAUAUGAAAUCCUGGCAAUGUUUUUGUUGCAAAUUCAUAUUGAAAUGUUUGUUACCCUUUAAGCCAUGCUUGUAAAUAGGGUUGAUAACAAAUUUGUAUUGGAGAUUUUUUUUUCUAAAUUCACAUUACACAAUAUGUCUAAAUAGAAUUAUUGCAUGCCUGCUAUUUUUAAUUAAGCUUAGCAGGAAACAAUUGAUUGUACAAGCACAACAAAAAAGGCUGUUAUACAUAUGCAGUGGGGUGCAUGGCAAUCCUUGAGAAAUGUGUUAAUUAAAAAUAAUUGGUUGUUUAAACUAAUUAAUACUGCAGAAACCUUCACAUUGUGUGUACAAAUGAAUACAGAUCGAAAACGAUUACAUUUAAGCAUGCUGUAGUUAAUUGUGUUGAAUGAAGUUUGCUUCUUGGAAAGCUUCACAUUGUUUCGUCUCCUACUGCCACAUAUCAUUUACACUGUCCCCUACAUGUCGAACUGGCAAAGGAUUUCCCAGCAACACUUGUGUGAACAACAUCACGGUAAAGCGGUAAACUGGCAUCAUACGCACAGUUCCAGCUAUCAGCAUUACUCGAGUUACCACCCCUGUAUCAUGCUAUCGUAGUGAGGCUAUUUUAUGGCCUUGUCUUCCCUUCAUUAAUGUUCAUGCACUGGCAUCACAUUAUUAUCUAUCCUGGUUGUCAGGCCUGUCCAAUCAUGAGGUUUUAGUUAAACUGUUUCAAACAUGUAUCUUGCCAUUAAUCGUAUCACUGUGCUACUGUGGUAUUACCUGAUUUGACUAUAAAUGGUAUUUGCACACACACACAUGCAAGAGAUCUAGAACAAAACACUGGAAAUUCCUAAUUGUGACAUGGCCUCUUGGGUUGAUGUGGCUAUUUUAAUUUAAUGCAAUAUGGAAUAAAAUUGGUUCACAUGCUUUACAAAGGUGUAGAAUAAUGUAGCUUACGUUUUUGUUUCGCAUCCUGUUAUGGAUAAAUCCAUUAUGCGAUUCAGAUUAUGGGAAUGCAAUGAACAUUCUUACCAUGUCUUGGCUCCUGCUGUCAGCUAUGAUGUAGUUUUAAGUGCUACGUAACUUGUUGCAUUUAAAUGUUUCCUUCACCAUUUUUACAGUAUGCUCAUGACAUUUCUACUCGUACAUUAAAAUUGCCUGUGUUAAUAUUAUUAAGGAAGCGGGUGAUGUACAUUUGCUCGAAAUUGUUGCGCAUGAAAUAUUUAGUGAAUAAAGUUUGUCAUUUUUAAGAAAUGUGAGCUUUAUAUUUUAUCAUCUUCCAUCAUCCAUUGUCUAUUCACUGCUUAGUGAAGGCCUGCCCAUGCUGUCAACAUCCCUGGCGGUUUUCUGAUGCCACAAUCCAUCUCCUGCCCAUGGAUUGAUCCCAUUGCUCCAUCUCUACAGUUGUCAUACUAUCGAGCAUGUUCUCUGUUGACUGCCAUUAUACUGGUAGGAACCUCCUGGUUACACCAGCCCACAGGGGAUUAUUGUGUCCG